GUGUCAGGCCGGUUCAAGAUACAAAAUGAGACUCAUAACUACGGUUGGCGUUCUUAUCCUGUGUGUUAUACACAACAUCUCAUGUGAUGACGAUGUAACGCUAGUUGAAGUAGAGCAGGGUCAGCUCCGAGGCCAAGUACUGGAUGCAGUCGUUGGGGACUUCCAGUACCUCAGCUACAAGGGUAUCCCAUAUGCCAAGCCUCCCGUUGGCAAACUCAGAUUCAAGGAUCCAGAAUAUCUAGACUCAUGGGAAGGAGUGUUGAAUGCCACAGAACAUGGAAGCGUCUGUCCACAAUUCAAUCCAAUAACUGCAGUGUACACCUCCGGCAGUGAAGACUGUCUGUUCCUCAAUGUAUACACCCGUAACCUAACUCCUGACGCUCCACGCCCAGUUGUAGUGUUCAUCCACGGUGGGGCCUACAUCUUCGGGUCCGGAAACACAGACUUGUACAGACCAGACUACUUACUUGCCAACGACGUGAUCGUUGUAACAAUCAAUUAUAGAUUAGGCGUUUUGGGAUUCCUGUCCCUAGACAAUGAAGAUGUACCUGGCAAUGCUGCACUAAAGGACCAAGUCACAGCCCUGAAAUGGGUGCAAAAUAAUAUCGAAAAGUUCGGAGGAAAUCCGAAUAGCGUCACUAUUGUUGGAGACACCGCUGGUGGAGCAUCGGUCACUCUUCAUAUGUUGUCCCCUAUGUCAAAAGGACUAUUCCACAAAGCUGUUGCAAUGAGCGGCUCUGCUACUUGUGAUUUUGGUCUUACUUAUAAGCAUGUCGAAAAGGCAAAGAUUUUCGGAUCAGCGCUUAACUGUGAAAAUGUUGAUGACAGCGCAGCACUUCUUGAUUGCCUUCAGGCAGCUGAUUACAAUGCCUUCUAUUCUAUUACUCCCACAGUCCUGGCUUCAGAAGAGAUAACAGAUGUCUUAUUCAAAAUGGAACACUUUACACCAGUGAUUGAAAAGAAAACUGGAAACAACUUCCUCACUGAAGACUACUACAGCGCAUUGACGAAAGGACAUGUGAACAAAGAUGUGGACUUUAUAAUUGGGUACAACAGUCAAGAAGCAGUACUCCUCAUCGACCUUUUCAAUGCUUCUUACGUAGAUUUGUACAGCAGGUACAAGGAACUGUUCACACCAAGCGAAAUACUCAUUAAGAGUACUCCAGACACUAAUUUGAAUGUUGCCAAGAGUGUGAAGGAGUUCUAUUUCGGCGAAAAACCUGUUAAAACUGAAAACUUGAAUUUGUUCGUGAAGUAUUCGAGCAGCGCCAGUAUAGGUUACCAUGCGCAGAGAUACGCUAACAAAUGGGCCAAUUUCGGAAAGAAGACUUACUUCUACAUAUUCGAUGGCUUCACAGACUGGAAUUUCUUUGGACAACAGGGUGUUAAAUAUGGAAUUGAGAAAGCCAGUCAUUUCGACAUCGGUUACUACUUGUUCUACCCGGAAUCGUUGAACUGGUCCAUAGAUACCGACAGCGUUGAAUACCAAGUGACGAAACAACUAACUACUUCGCUCACCAACUUUGCAAAGUCAAGUGACCCAAGUGUGGAUGGUGUCACAUGGCCACAAUACAGUGAAUCAAACAAAGCCUAUUUGACCUUCAGCAACGAUGGCCCCGUAGUGGGCUAUGGACCUGACGAAGAUGACUACAACUUCUGGGCAGGAGUCUAUAAAAGCGCUAGAAUACCAUCAAUGGUGGAAGUCAAAGUGGAACAAGGACGUCUGGAAGGAGAAGUGGUGGAGACAGUUACUGGUGAUGGGAAGUACUACAGCUUCAAAGGCAUCCCCUAUGCACAGCCACCACUGGGGAAUUUGAGGUUCAAGGCACCUCAACCGCCUCUACCCUGGGAAGGCGUCAGAAAAGCGACAGAAUUUGGUCCAAAAUGUCCGCAGAAGUGUAUCUUCACAAACACUGUCCAGUUAGGAAGCGAAGACUGUUUGUACUUGAAUGUAUACAGUCCUGACAUAAAACCAGCUACCCCACUACCAGUCAUGAUAUUCAUCCACGGUGGUGGUUAUAAAAGCGGUUCUGGCAACGACGAUUUCUACGGACCAGACUUCCUAGUCCCACACGGCGUUGUCCUGGUAACCUUCAACUACAGGCUCGAGGUACUCGGCUUCUUGUGCUUAGAUACCAAGGAAGUUCCCGGAAAUGCUGGUUUAAAGGACCAAGUUGCUGCUUUCCGAUGGGUGCAAAAGAACAUCGAAAAUUUCGGUGGAGACCCGAAUAACGUUACAAUUUUUGGAGAGAGUGCUGGCGGUGCGUCUACUUGCUUCCACAUAAUCUCACCUAUGUCUAAAGGUCUUUUUAAGAAAGCUGCUCCAAUGAGUGGUGUACCUUUCUGCGAUUGGUCUCAAGCUUUCUUCCCACAAAAACGUGCUUUCCUACUCGGAAAAGAUUUAGGUUUUGAGACUGACGAUCCUGAUAAGCUUCUAGAAUUCUUACAAACUGUGCCAUCAGACAAACUGAUAGAUACAAAUCCAGUGGUACUAUCCUUUGAAGAAUACAGCAAUAAUAUACUAAAGCUAUACCACUUCACUCCAGUUGUGGAAAAAGAUUUUGGUGAUGGUGAAAACUUCUUAACUGAAGAUCCUAUCGAAGCAUUGAGACAUAAGAGGAUUAAUGAUGUUGACAUACUGAUUGGUUUCACGAGCCAAGAAGUCCUCUUAGGAAUACCAAUGUACGAAGAAAAACUCUUGAAGCAUUACAACCGAUUCCCAGAAGUAUUGGUACCAAGAAAAAUCCUUAUGAAAAGUUCUCCAGAAAAGAUUUUAAAAGUAGCGGAGAUGAUCCAAGAUUUUUAUUUCAAGGGAAAGCCUCUCUCAUUCGAUAUUAUGAAGGAAUUUGUGACAUACGCUACUCACGCAUGUUUUACUUAUGAUGUUAAUAGAUUUUUGUCACGUCUGCCUAAGGUUGGAGCUGGUCGAAGAUAUGUGUACCGGUUCUCCAGUUUUUCUGGUAGAAAUGUUUAUGGGGCUAUUGGAUUGAAGUAUGGGAUUCGAGGAGCUUCUCACUUGGAUGACCUGAUGUACCUGUUCCAUGCAAAGGCACAUAAUAUUAAGCUAGAAAAGAAUACGAAAGAACAUGAACUGGUUAAUUUGGUGUGCUCUGUAUUUACCAACUUCGCCAAACACGGAAAUCCAACUCCCGACUCCAGUUUGGGUGUAACCUGGCCUGAAUACAACAACAAGACUGAGCAAUACGUGGACAUUGGAGACAGCCUGGAGGUCAAGACACCAGGUGAAGAUGAAGUAGAAGCUUUGGCUUUCUGGAAGAAAGUGUUUGACUAUGCUGGAGUGGAAUAUUGAGAAAAUUUGGUUAUCCUCCUAUAAAAACGAUGUAAAUGUCAUAAAAAUCGUACUAAUAAGUGUUAUAAUUUUGGUUUAAAUUUGGAAAAUAAUUCCCCUUCUUCGUACUAAUUCUGUUACGGCACAAAAUAACAUUUUACUUCCUAAAGUGGUCGACUGAAUUAUGGAUACGAUUCGCCAUGUUAAAUCUUAAGUCGAUCUUAUUGCUAUUUGUUGGUCAUAGCUUCAAGUAGAGUACGGUUAUUGAAAAUUAUAGUUUACUAAAAAUUUGUCACAAGCACUUCACUUCAUUUUUUUUCUCAUUUUAUCUCACAGCAAAUAGCUUCGAAUAUGACGGGUGCAGAAAGUCAAUCCUAGAAGAUUGAGUUCUGUAGAUCCAAGUUUAACCACGGACCCUUCUCCAAGGGUCUAGUAAUUGGCAACACUUAUCACAAAGCCCGUAGGUCUAUAUUGCCGUGCAAACAGUGCUUCAAUAUUUGUUGAGGAUCCGUUUGUAUAGCAAUUGAAACGAGAUCCUGAAUUAUGUUCCUAACUGUAUAAAUAAGAUCUUUCUCGAUGUUUUAGUAUCUUUACCUCUUAUUAUGGUUAUUACUGUUCUGCGAUAUAGAAAUUAGUGAGCUACGUAUUUGUUCUUGUUAUAUUUAUUCUUUUGUCAUGGCUUUGUCUUGCUUGUGAGCAUAAAUAAAUAUUCUGUACAAAUUCUU